AAAACGAUGCUUGCUUUUCUAGUAUGCCGCCAGUUCCCGUCGAAUCUUAACCGCUUGUGGACGCAGGAUGUGUGCACCAGCAGGUCCGCGCAUCGAUUGGUUUGUGGAUGCAGGCGAUGAUGUUUGUGAUAUGUUGCCGCUGAUUGAGGAUGCCGAUAGUAGUGUUAUCGCUAAGGAGGUCACCUUUGAUGCUAGUGAGUUUUUCGAGCCACCCGCAUUCGAGGAGCUACCUUACGCAGCGGACUUUGUCCUGCACGGUGAUCAUCAGCUGUUUACGGAAAUCGAUUGGGGCAUAGUGGCUGAAACAAACGUCCAGCAAGUAACAUCGAUUGCUACAGUUUUAGUGUGUGAUAUUUGUAACGUGAGAUUCAGAUGUAAAACGCAUCUAAACCGUCACCGGCUUUUGCAUCAUGCAGAGGAUUUGGAAAGCUCUAAGAAAGGCAUCGUUUCUCGAUGCCUCCAGUGUCGUCAGUGUGAUGAUCGUUUUGUAUCGGCCAAGCAGUUGAAGCUACAUCUAACGAUACACCAUUCAAAGCGCUUGGUGUGUGACCUAUGUCUAACAGCAUUUCAAAACGAAGCAGCCCUUGAAUGGCACCGGAACGAUCAUCUGGCGAAGGAGAAUGAAACCGGAAGAUACGUAUGUGACGUCUGCCGGAAACAAUGUACGAGCUCAAGCCAUCUGCAUCUGCAUCGGAAAAUUCAUCUCGAGCAGAAAUCCUAUCCUUGCCCUUUUGGUUGUGAUCGUAGCUUCUCAUCGUCCGGCAAUCGGCAGAAACAUAUUGUAAGAAUGCAUACGCGCGAGAAAAAGUACAAAUGCACAAACUGUAACGAAUCGUUUGUAUAUGCUCGCCAACUACAGCGUCACCGCGAACGUAAACAUGGUGAAUUUAAAAAGUACUCCAUAGGCAGGAUCAUUUGCACGAGAUGCAAGGAGCCGUUUGAUAGCGAGAGCUCUUUCCAGGACCAUACAGCGUAUGAUGAGUGCUUGGAGCAUCGUGCAUUCCAAUGUGUGUUUUGCAGCAAAUCCUUCAAACAGGCCACACAUCUACGAAACCAUCUACUAACGCACAAGCAAGAUGCACGGGCUUUUGGGUGUGAAUUUUGCCCAAAACGAUUCGCUUUGGCAGGGGAUCUUAAAGUGCAUCGGCGCAUACACACAAAGGAGAAACCAUUCCGGUGUAGUGUUUGUCCGGCCGCCUUCACGAUGGGCAAGCAGUUGAACAAACAUCGAUUCAAAGCUCAUCAAAUUGCUAAAUGA